AUGGCAGCAUAUGUUCGCUCAGGGAAAUUAGUAUAUGCUAGAGAACUUUUCGCAAUCAUGAAAGCCAAAAACAUGGUAGACGUAGCUUCGUAUACGACGUUGAUAGCUGCUUAUGCACGUCUCAAUGACAUUUUUUCCGCGCGCAAGCUAUUACACGAGAUGCAUCAAGUAGGGAUAAAAAUGGACAUUAUUCUGUACAAUACUAUGAUCAAUGCAUCUUUUAAAAACAAUGACAUCAGGAAUGCUCAGAAGUAUCUAGACGAGAUGACAGCUGCCGGACAUAAACCAGACAUUAUUACAUUCAAUACUCUGAUGACAGGGUACAGUAAGCUAAAUAAUACCAUUAAAGUGGAAGAAAUAUUUAAAAGCUUGACCGAAGCAAAUAUAGAGCCAAGGAUAGAUACUUACAACAUAUUAUUGUCAUUAUACGCCCGCAAUAGAAGCAAAAAGGCAGCGCAAGUGUAUGAAACAAUGAGAUCACAAGGAGUUAAGCCUUCGAUGAGAACUUUUAAUUCUCUUAUAUUUAUGUAUCUUUCGAACAACGAUCAUCAGAAAGCGCGGGAAGUAUUUCGCAUGAUAUCUGAAUACGGAUUGAAACCAGAUUUGGUUACGUACAGUACGUUCGUUGCUGCAUUUGUAAAUAUAGAUGACUUGCAGGGAGCGGAGGAGACGUUGAAGGAAAUGAAGAAACAAGGAGUCAUGCCAAACAUAUUUAUUUUUAACAAAUUGUUGGCAGGAUAUCUACGGUCAUAUGGUUUAUCUUCGUUCGAGCAGAUAUUAAUCGAGAUGCGUAAUCACGGAAUAUCUCCUGACCAUGUGACAUAUAAUACGUUGAUGCAAUAUAUUAAAAAGCAACAAAAUGACGACAGUUUCGAGAAAACUCUUGAGCAAUAUGCAAACAUGUUAAAGAAUGUUAUUCGCCCUUCUGAUAGGACGUUGAAUAUUUUACUUGAUGCGGCUGCUAUGAAAGAUAUUAGACAAUCGGAAUAUGUAUCGAGGCAUAUGACAGCGACAGAUCAACAACCAAACAACGGGAAAGAAUUCAUCAGAACAGUGUUGCGUGAAAUGAAGGCGAAGGGCAUAGAACUGAAUAUAGUAACAUAUUCCAUCCUAAUGAAGAGUUUUGUAUAUCAUGGAGACAUGGUAAGCGCGGAAGAAGCAUUAUGUGCUAUGAGAUCGAGUAAAAUACCGGCCAAUAAGUAUAUAUAUACUCAAUUAAUAAAUGGGUACGGUAAGACAGGUAAUGUAACAAUGGUGGAAAGAUUGGUUGAAGAGAUGACAACUAUGAACAUAUCCAAAGACUUGAAAGUAUAUACAUCUCUUCUCAAUGCGUAUGCGUACAAUGGGAGAAUAGACGACGCGAUGCGAACGUUCGGGGAAAUGUGGUCAGUCAAACUUAUUCAAGAUAAUGUCACUUAUACCUCUUUGAUGAACAUGUUUGCCAAGAAAGGAGACAUAUACAAUACGCAACAAGUUUUUGACCAUAUGCGUAAGAUCGGACUUCCUUCAGAUGUAAUAUCGUACACAGUACUAUUGACAGCAUACGUAAUGAACAGAGAUCCGCACGGAGCAAGUAAUGUGUAUAAAGAGAUGGUUAACAUGGGAAUGGUUCCCGAUUCGGUUGUUAUGGUCACUAUUUUUUCGCGUCCCAUUGAGUUUGCAAAGGCAUUUUUAUUGCAUACUGUUGGAAACGACACUGAGGCGCUGAAUGAAAUACUUAUAAACAUAAUCAUGGAGCCUGUUUUGGCCCAGUUGGCAUAUGAGCUGUUUAUAUGGAUGGCAGAAGGCGCUCAAAAGGUAUCAGACGGAAUAAAGUUACCAUCGGAGCAAAACAAAAUAAGACAUACGCAUUACAAUAGUAAUGCGAACAACAAUACAACUAGCAAUAACGAUAUCGUUACGGUUAUACCAUCAUCACACCGCUCAAUGUUGGUUCCAAACGAACAGACAUUUCGAAUCAUAUUCCAAAAAUUCGAAGAAACUCAUCAAACAGAGUAUAUCCUUAAACUUUGGUCUCACUUGUAUCAAAUCGGUUAUUUUCCGUUGCCAUCGAUUGUAUAUAAAACUGUAUUAAAAACAUUAUUAGGGAGUGGAUCGAUUGACAAGGCAAUGGAAGUAUGGAAGAUUUUUAUGGCAACUGAGCCAUCGCAUUUCUCCCGGUCACAACUCAAAAGAGUGUUUGUACAAUAUCACGUAAACGUUGAUUGA